AUGUUGUCUAUCUUCUCUAUUAUUGUUUGUUUCAAUUUAAUUGUUAGUUCUUAUCAACAAGGUAGUGGUAACUUAAUCGUUGGUUUUGGUGAUUCUAUGUCUGCAUCGGGUGCAGUCGGUGGUUAUUCGAAAUCGUAUACAAUGAUUGCAGCUAAUCUUUUAGGGUGGUCAUCAAAAAAUUUUGCUAAAGAUGGAGUUCGAACAACAGCUAUUUCAGGUCAAUUAAGUUCUGCUGCAUCAAUAUUACCAGGUGCUACUCAUGUUGUUUUUACUAUUGGUGGAAAUGAUCUGGGUGUUGCUAAUUCAUUAGUAUCAAUAAUCUUACAUAAUAAUUAUACAGCUGUUGCACAAAAAGUAACUGAUAUGAAACCACGAUUAAUUUCUACAUAUAAAUUAAUUCAAUCAUCUGUUCCAUCAUCAACAAGAAUUUAUGUAUUACCUUAUGUUGAUUUUAUCAGUGUUGGAAAUAAAAUUCCAAAUGAACAUGAUUGUCAUCGUUUAAUUGAUCAUUUUACAAAUAUAAUUAAAGAAGCUGCUGAUGAAGUUCACAUUGGAUUUAUUGCUGAUGUUAAAACAGCAUUUGCCGGUCAUGAAGUACUUUCUACUGAUCCAUAUGCUGAUGAUUAUUUUCAUCCAAAAAAUGCAGCUCAUCCAAAUGCUAAAGGUUAUGCGAAAAUUGGAGAAGUUGUUGCCAAUUAUUUAAGAUCUCAAUAA